ACUACUACUACUGCCACUACUAUUCCUGCUUCUGCUGCUAAAAUCCCCUGGCGGUGGGGGAGAGAAGUCGAAACAGAAGGCGCAGUCUUGGGCACUCUACUUCUUUGGCACCGUGCCAAGAUACCACACCGUCCCAAUGUGUGCCGCCGGUGGAGGACUGAUAAUAUGUCGCCGCUUACUGCUGUCACUCACAGUAUUCGAGGUGUUCCUGUCGCAACUUCCCACAGUCCAAUCCGAAGGUAUGCGCUAUGGCAUAGCUAAGUCGGAUAAACGGAGCGUGUGUCGCAUGUUCUCGGAGCCCGACGAGGACAAGAAGGAAUUCUACUCGCCUAUGUACCCCAUGGAGUACCCGAAUAAUACGGAAUGCAUCCUUAAACUAGAAGGUAGGUUCUUUAUCCUCAAACUAGAAGGCAAAAUCAGUAACCUCAAACUAAAAGGUCAGUUCUCUAUCCUCAAACUGGAAGGUAAAUUCAUUAUCCUCAAACUGGAAGGUAAAUCCAGUAUCCUCAAACUAGAAGGUAAAUUCAGUAUCCUCAAACUAGAAGGUAAAUUCAGUAUCAUCAGACUGGAAGGUAAAUUUAGCGUCCUCGCUACUGGAAGUACCCAGCCCCAUGUACACCUGACGAAGGAUAUUCAAAAUACCCUGUCGCCCAAACAACAGCCGAACUUUCGGAUACGUCAUCCGAAUUCGACUUCCCGCGACUUACUACCACCUUGGAGUCGCCGGACGGAAAGUAGCGGAACUACGACUCUCCUGGAGAUACGCGACGGCGCGCACGCAUACUCCGAGCUCAUCGGCAAGUUCUGCGGCGACGAUUUUCCUCCGAUAAUCACCUCCAAGGACAACUAUCUGUGGCUGAGGUUCACCUCGGACGAAAACAUCCAGUACAGGGGAUUCCGGGCUGUCUACACCUUCAUCAAGAGCGUAGCAGUGGGACGCCCCGAAAUUUCGGAAUGCCUGUUCCAGACUUCCGGGAUCCAGGGCUUAAUCACCAAUGUGAAUAUAAGUGACGAGAGGAAAACCUACACCAGGAAGUACAGUCAUGAGAUCGACUGUACUUGGGUCAUCACCGUCAAGGAAGACGAAAAGAUCUACCUGUUCUUCGAGGUCUUCAAGCUGAGUCAGCCGAACGAGUGCGAGGUGAACUAUGUCGACAUCUUCGGCGAGAACACCGACCUCAAGAACCGGAUUAAGCACUACUGCGGCUCGGUGGCCGACCCCAUCACCUCCAAGACGAACGUCAUCUACUUCAGGUUCUUCGCGAUGCCAGACGCCAUAGACUCGAAUUUCAGGGCCUGGUUCACCGCCUACAGGGACCGCAUCCCCGCCGGAGAGAAAGAUGACAACAAAACCUGCAAACCGGAGGAGUAUGAUUGCGACGACGCGACCUGCAUUGACCUCACACUCAAAUGCAACGGCAUCAAGAAUUGCAGGCACGAAUACGACGAGGAAGGAUGCGACUCUCUCCAGAAUCUGAAAUUCGACAUCAGAUCGGAGCACAUCAUCGUGAUCCUGACCCUGGGAUGUGGCCUGCUCGGCGGGAUGUGCUUCGCGAUGUGCUUCAACUGCAUCAAGAAACUCAUCAGAGACGGUCGGCAAAUUCACGAGAACAUCCGACGGUCCCGCGAGCAGCUGGAGGAGCGCAGCCAGAGCAUGUCGGCGACGUCGUCGCCCCGCGUCGUCUACCGCCCCACCAUCAACGAGGACGGGCCCUGCUACAUCUCCGACGCCAAGACCAACGGCCACCCCUGCAUCAGGCCGGAAUCCGAGUCGGAGACCGAAGGCGACGAGGAGGAGGACGACGAGGACGUCGACGACCUGGAGGAGUCCUGCGUCGAGAUGCGCGACUGCGAGUGCCAGACCAGGGACUCCCUCCUCACGCAGAGGGACUCGGGACAGACGCAGAUCCCCAUGACGCCCCCUCCGCCCCCGCCCCCCAACAGACGCCCGCCGGGUCUUCCCCCUCUGAGUCCCGGACCUCCGCCGGCGGUGCCCACCCCGCCGCCUCCCCCGGGUAGCCAUUACGGCCGUGCCCCCCCGGGCCCGCCGCCUUCCGACCACUACGGUUCCUACGGGCGGCCGCCGGUGCCCAGACACAACGACCCGUACGAGGUGGACGACCAGUCGGACGACUCCUACGCCCAGCGGUACCGGGCAGAGGCUGUCAUCGAGAUGAGAGACAAGGGCCAGUACGAGCCGACGAAGUCGCCCAAGACCACGCCCGACGUGCUGGCCACGCAUUGAGGGCGGCCGUCGGUAGCGGAUUGUCAAGAUUUCGUACCAUUCUCCAACUGGGUGAAGGAGGAGGAGGAGAAUGCAGAAUCAAAUUGGGGGGUUUCCUGAAGGGGGAACCGCGUGUCUUGGCUGGUUACUACUAAGCCUCGCACCUCUCUCUCUCUCUCUCUCUCUCUCUCUCUCUCUCUCUCUCUCUCUCUCUCUCUCCGCCUUCCUAAGGGGAGGAACCUCCUCGACCUGCGAAUUGGUCGUAACAAUGACCUUUCUUUCUUUCAACUCCCGUCAGUCCCACACGUCGCAAGAAUGAGUUCCCCAGACCCCCCAUCCCUCCCCAUCCCCACACCUUUUUGGUUUUGUUUGAAGGAUUCGUGAAAGAAUCCUGCAAUGGUUGAUGAGUCCUGCAGCCUGGGAGCUCACAAGGACUCCUGUUUCCUCAAGUCAAUCAAUUUUGAAUGACCUUCACGAAAACGCGAAGGUCUUUGGUUUCAUUUUUUUGGUCCCUGGCGAAAGAAUACUCUUGAAAAGCCAGGGUGUUGUAUAUAUAUAUAUUUUUUUCGAUUUUUAGAAAAAAAAAUUUUUUUUUUGCUAGUUUCGUUUACAAGGUGUUGCAUGAGUUGAAAAAAAAAAUUAAUCACGUCGUCUGAUACAAAGAUGACAAAGAGUCCUAUGGACAAUCUAUAAUUUUUUUCUUUUAUUUUAUUAUCAUUAUUUUUCAUUUAAAGAGACUUAGAGAAUCAACCCUUCCCACACGACAGUCCAAGUUUGAAAACACUGCCUUGAGAAAAAUGAAUGUUAAUGGUAAGAUUAAGAAAAAAUUUAAACUUAAUGAUAAGACUUGGCGCUUUUUUCUCUCUUUCUAUAUUUUUCGAAAAGUGGCCGAAUAAAUUGAGAUGUUUUCUUUUCAUGAGAUACAUUUUCUGGCUGUGAGUUUUAUCAGAAAAAACUCAUUUCGUUCGAAGAGACUUUUACAGAUUUCGUUAAAGAUAUCAUUCUUUUCAUAUUCAGUUGAAGUGUAAUUCAUCGUGGCAAACUUGGGUAAUUAAGCUGACUUCGAAAUAAAUAAAUAAAUAAAUAAACAAAUAAAUAAAUAAAUAAAUAUAGUCGUUAUUACACACUUAAAAAUUAGGAAAAUUAGAAUUCACAAAAGCCAAUGCACUCAAAAUAGAAUUACUAACUAAAUUUGAUACGAAGAAUUGCUCAAAUUUUACGGCAUAUUUAUACGUAUUACGUUUGUAUUUGUAUGCCCAGAUACACACACACACACACACACACA